AUGAAUUGCCAAGGGUGUAACAAUUAAUAUAAUGAAACUGAUAGAUCGCCAAGACUAUUAAUUAAUUGCGGUCAUUCAAUAUGUGAAAAAUGUACAGCAGAAUUGUAUAGAGAUGGAUAAAUAGUGUGUCCCGAAUGUCGCUUUAAAAAUAUAGCACCAAUGGUUACCUGCUUUCCUAGAAAUUUAGCUUUAAUCAAUAUUAACAAAUAGCAACCUUUAGCAAAUAUGGUAACUCCAGCAAAAACUAAUUUAGGGUUUUAAAGCAGCAUUUUAUUAAAUUCUAACGUUACCUCUCUUUAUGUAAACAAAGAAAAUAAUUAAACUACUUAGCAAUAAAACUAAAAUUUGUAAGGCCUAACUAAUACAAGUUUAAGCAAUUUUAAAGCAGCAAAUUACAUAUUAUAAGAAAUAACACCUCCUGCAAAAUCAUAAAGCCAGUAAUCUUUUUAUCCCAACACUAAUACUACCUCAGAACUUAAAACAUUAGAUUCUAAUAUCAAAGAUGCAAAUUUACUUUCUGAAAGAUAUGCUAUCUGUUAGAAGCACUUUAAAAAGUUUGAAGCAUACUGUGAAGAUGAUUAAUUAUUGCUUUGCAUAACUUGUAUUUUGGAAGAUGGUCAUAGGCAACAUUCAAUUGAUUCUAUUGAAAAUUCAGUUUAAAAACAAAAGUAGAAGCAAUCAGAGUUCUUUGACUAAAGCAGAUAACAAGAAAAAAAAGCAAUUAACAUUAUGCAAUAAAUAGAUGCAAAUUUGAAAGACCUUUCUAGUUAAGCAUAAGUCUAAUUAUCAGAAAUUUGCAGUUUUUUUAGUGAUGUUAAAAAAAUUAUUAAUGAGAAAGAAAGUAAACUGAAAAGUAAAGUUUAGGAUGCAUUGCUUGACUAAGAAAAUUAAAUGAAAUAGCUAGAAAAGUACUAUUAAAAUCAUAUAUCAGAUGUAAAUGAGUUUUAAACUUUGUACAGACAGUGCUCAGUAAUGCAAGAUGUUGAAUAUUUAAAGAGUUUAUAAAAAACUAAACAAAUUAUGAGUAAAAUAAAUUAGGUGUAAUAAAUAGAUAAAAUUGAAUUUAAGCAGAUUUAAAAUUUCUUUAGUAAAGAUUCAGAAUUGCAUGCAUUAACUAAAUCAAUGCUUUCUCUUCAAACUUUGAAUUAGGCUAACUAAUAAAAUCCUCUUACAACAUAAGUUUAACUAGUACAAACCAAAAAAUAAUUGAAUUAAGUAUAAUAAAAUAAUACUUCUUCCAACAGCAAUAAAGAAAUUUUAAACAACAAUACUUAAACAAGCAAUAUAACAAAUUAACCUUCAAGUAAUGCAAUAUCUUCAUCUUCAAACUAAAACCCACAAUAAUAAAAUAAAAAACCUAACACAGUUUAUUAAACAGGAAAUAAACCUGCAGUUAAAAGAGUUUAAAAUAGGAAAGAGGUUGCUUCUAUUGGUCCAUUAGGGAUUACAUGCGUUUAAUAAUAAAACAUUUAUAGAACUAAAUCUAAUCAAAUUAUGUAAAAGAAGGAUUAAACUAAAGAAGCAAUAGGUACAUCCUAUGGGAAUAAUUCAAAUUAAAAUUGUUAGUAAACAUUAUAGUAAGCAGUAACUACUGGAAAUCUAAAUAUUCAAUAAAAUUUGAAUUAGGGAAAUUACAAACUAGGAAGAAACGAUAGGUCUACUUCAAGCACUAACCCUUAAAGCAUUUCAAGUGAGUUAAAUAAACCAUUAAAUAAUUACCAUGAGCUAAGAAACAUACUGAAGGAAAAACUGACACAAUAAAACAACGAAUAAAAUGUCAAUAGAGGAGAAAAGUCAUUAACUCCUUCUAAAAGGAUAAGUAACUAUAGUAAUAGCUCUUACUAAAAUGAUAAUUUAAACUUCUUUAACAAGGAGAAAAAUUUACCUAAUAUUUCUCCGCUAAGGUCAAACAAUAUAACAAAUAUAUAGCAACAAGUUUAAAGCAGCAAUAAUUAAUUAAAAUAAGUCUUUUAAAUUAAUGAAGGCCUUCCUUUAAAUAGUAAAACAAUGUACAGCAAUGGAUAAGCUUAAUAUAAAUCAACUGAUAAAAUUAGUUAGUAGGAUUUCAAUGAUACUACUUAAAAAAGUAGAAGUAUUUAUAAACCUUCCUCUACUCAAUCUAAAAUUAAUUAGAUUGGGCAAGGAGAUGAGUUAGAUGAUUAAAACUUUUAGUUUAUAGACAAUAAUUCUUAUCCAGAAUCUGCAAGAAAAGAUUUAUUUUAAUGCCAAAUAAAUUCAAAUAACUUGAAUGUGCUUACCUCAGGAUAAAAACCUAACAGUAACACCAAUUCAAUAAUGAAUAGCAAUAAUUUAAUGAAAUCUAUGAGAACUGAUAUCACGGACAUGUUUAUGAAUAGAUGCGAUUUUUCUACUAUAUCUACUUACUAAAAUGGUAGUUUUAUCUAUGUAUUUGGAGGAUUUAUAGAAAGCAGCUAAUAUGCAAUAGAAAGAUUUGACAUUAAUAGAAACGUGUGGGAAUAAGUUGAUAUAUUACCUACUAAUAGAGCUAAAUUUUCUAUGGUUGGACUUGAUAAUGGAAAUAUUUUAAUUAUUGGUGGAAAAUAGGAUGGUAUGAGAAUAGCUUUAUGUGAAGAAUAUGAUCCUAAAACGAACAAGUUAACCAUAAGCAGCAUGAUGCUUUCAUCUCCUAAAAGUGGAUUUGGAGCAGUAAAUUUAGGCAGAGAUAAGAUAAUUAUAAUUGGAGGAAACGAUGGUUAAAAUGUACAAGAUUUGGUGGAGAUGUAUGAUAAGGCUAGUAUGAAAUUGCCAAAAAAACUUUGUUCUAUGAUUGAAAAAAGAGAUGAACUUGCAGUGACUUUAGGUUUAGACAAAAAAAUAUAUGCUAUUGGAGGAUUUGGAGGAACGAAGAAUGUUUGCCUAAGAACUGCAGAGCGUUAUGAUCCAGAAACAGAUAGAUGGGAGACUAUUGCUCCCUUAAAUGUUCCUAGAAGAGCUCUUGCAGCUGUAACUCUUCCUGAUGGAAUAUAUGCAAUAGGAGGUUUUGAUGGAUAAAACUACUUAUCAUCUGUUGAAAAGUAUGAUGAAUCAUUAAAUUAAUGGAUAUUUAUAAGCAGCAUGAACUUUCCUCGUUGUACUUUGAGUGCGGUUACAUCAAAAGAUAAUUAAUUUAUUUAUGUGUUAGGUGGGUUUGACAAUGGCCCUUUAGAUACAGUAGAAAGGUAUAAUAUAUUUGAAGAUAAAUGGGAAAUGUAUUCUAAAAUGAGUUAUAAAAGAUUUAUGCAUAGUAGCAUAAUGAUCAGUGGAUAGUUUGCUUGA